AAAAUUUUCUUAUCAAUUCAAAAUUGAAAAUAAAUACAACUUUCAAAAUAAAUUGUUUAACUUGACCUCAUUUCCAUUUUGGACUAUUCCGAAUCCUUCGUAAAUUUCUAAAAGGAUAUCGCUUGCCCGGAAGAGAACUCAUAAAUACGAGAAAGGUGUUUCUAUUUCGAGAAUUUGGUCCAUCGAAUCAAUAUCGAGUUUCGAGUGACGAGGAAAAAAAUGUUGUGGUUCAUUUUUCUAUCUUGUGAGAUAAAAGUGAUGAAAGUUGACUGAGAAAAUUUAAGUUAAAUUGUUAUUUAAUCAAUUUAAAAAGAAGCAAUUUAAUAUAUUAAAAAAAGUGAGUGUGAGUGAAGAAAUAACGAAGGUUUGAUUAUAAAUUUGUAAGUAAAAGUGAAAGAAAAGUACAAAGUUUGUGAAAAGAAAAUCAACUGGAAGAGGAAAUAAGCUGUUUUACCAGAAGUUGAGGAAUUUCACUUAGGAUGGAAUCCAAAAGGGAAUUUUUGGCUGUGCUCUUUUUAGUUUCUUCUAUUAUCUUCUUACUAGGGGUUGCAGAAUGUCGUCCACACAUCAGGCACCACCACGAAGGAUCCCACUGCAGUAGAUGUCCCCCAGGACUGGGAGUCAUAAAACAUUGCUCCCAAGGUCGGGACACCCAAUGUGGAGAAUGUUCUCCAGGAACCUACAGUCCACAUCACAGCAGUCAACCUUGCUGGAUUUGCUCCAGGUGUGGUCCAGGACUCUAUGAGGCUCAUCCUUGUUCCUCAACAAUGGACACAGUUUGUGACUCCUGUCAUCGGCAUGUCCCGGAAAAUCCCGAUUAUCAAAGAAAAUGCCAGGGUCGAGCUAAUUUUUUCCUGGCUCCUGAGGAUGCCCAAAGCACUGGUGAAGAAAGUAUCCUCGUCAAUGAUCCUGAAGACGACCUUGAGGAUCCUCAGGAUAGGGAUGAUCUUCUCAAAAAAGACGCGGAUGCUGUCCUCGAAGACUCGCAAGAAAACUUCAACGAAAUGCAGAGUCUUUAAAUUUUUUUGGAAAUCCUUGAAAGGAAAUCUGCAGGCUGUAAAAUUAAAUUUGUGUUGAAAGUUGUUCACAAUUUUCCGGUGAAAUGUCAGUAACAGGAAUGAUGAUCUUCUAAAAGAAGUGGAUCCUGUUCUUGAAGACUCUAAGAUAAACUUCAACGAAAUGCAGAGUCUUUACAUUUUUUUUAA